AUGGAGACGUUUACAGUCCAUGACAUGCUCAUAAAUUCAACGGAUCUGAAUAAGAUCUUGUGUAGUUUUGGGAUCAAAAAUAUUUCCGAGUGCGAGAGCGAGCAGGACCUCGCACCAGAACCUAAAGACAUCAACCAGACAGUGCGGAUCGUCCUCUACAGCCUCAUCUUCCUCCUCAGCGUCCUGGGAAACAGCCUCAUCAUCGCCGUCCUGGUCAGGAACCGACGCAUGAGGACCGUCACCAACCUGUUCCUGCUCUCUCUGGCCGUCAGCGACCUGAUGGUCUCCCUGGUCUGCAUCCCUUUCACCCUCAUCCCCAACCUCAUGAGGGACUUCGUCUUCGGCAUUGGCAUAUGCAAGCUGGUCAUGUACUUCAUGGGUGUCUCUGUGAGCGUCUCCACCUUUAACCUGGUGGCCAUCUCCCUGGAGCGCUACAGUGCCAUUUGCAACCCCCUCACUUCCAGGGCAUGGCAGACAAAAUCCCACGCCGCCAAGGUCAUCACAGCCACCUGGGUGGGGUCCUUCAUACUGAUGCUGCCCUACCCCAUUUUUAGCACCCUCAAGCCCUUCACCCGCCUCAACAACAGCACCGGGCACAUGUGCCGCCUGGUGUGGCCCAACGACAUCAUCCAGCAGUCCUGGUACGUAUCACUGUUGUUGCUGCUCUUCCUCAUCCCUGGGAUUGUCAUGAUGACAGCAUAUGGACUGAUCUCACUAGAGCUCUACCGGGGCAUCAAGUUUGAGGUGUCCAACAGGAAGUGUGGCAGAGACAGACAAUCCAGCACCAGCAGCAUCAAGCCAGGUGACAGUGAUGGCUGCUACCUGCAGCCAUCCAAAAAGAAGAGUUUGACAGUUAAUACCUGCAUCGCCAGCAGUAAGUCCACGGUGGGCCGUGUGUGCAGCAGCGGCAGCUCCACGUCCAACCUGAUGGCUAAGAAACGUGUGAUCCGGAUGCUGCUGGUCAUUGUGUUUCUCUUCUUUGUGUGCUGGACUCCCAUCUUCGUGGUCAACGCGUGGCAGGCUUUUGACCGGCGGUCGGCCUACCGUCUCACCGGGGCGCCAAUCUCCUUCAUCCAUCUGCUCUCCUACACCUCAGCCUGCGUCAAUCCCAUCAUUUACUGUUUUAUGAACAAGCGCUUCCGCCAAGGUAUGCUGGCCACCUUCACAUGCUGCACCUGCUUCGGGAGGGGCGGCGGAGGGAGCAGCAGUUUGGGGAAGUCAGGUGGAAGCAGGACAACUAAAGGGGAAGUGAGCAGAUUGAGAGCGAGGCCAAAGAGCCCUGAGCAGAAUGGUCACACCUCUCCAAGCGGGGCCAGCACACGCUUCACCUAUACCGGCAUCCGUGCAUCAGCCUGGAGUGAGCUGACUUAAACUAGACUGAUCUGUCUGAAAUGGGUCCAGCAGUCGGUGACUGUGGAGCAGACGUGGUGUGCUCUCAGUAAAGUCACAGCCAAUCAUCACGACCAAAUAUGAUGAAGCAGAGAAUCAGUUUUCAGUGUACCCGCUUUCGUUUUAUACACGCCUCAUACUGCUUAAGAACUGUGCAGUGACCAAACAGUAUUUGUAUACACUUCAUUUGAUCCAUGUGCAUCAGGUGAGCAACUUUUUAAAGAGUAAACAGUGCCAAAGGGAGGUACAGUUUUAUAAUUUUGAUGCGUUUGAUGGUUCAACAAAGGGAAAAAUAACAAUACUUACUAAAACUCUUAUUUCACUGAUUUUUCAUAGCUGAUCUGAGGACUCGAUGAAAUUGGCCCAAGGGAAUUGCAAAGUUUAAGCCAACAUAACCUUAAAGCACCAGAGAAAAAAAAUCUAAACAUCUUUUAUAAAAUGGCAAUUGAGGUACUAAACAGCUCUGCUCUGGCUUUUUUUUGUAAAUUCCCUUCAAUGGAGACAGACAUUGAUUUCUAAUGUCUUUUGUAAUAUAUAUAAAAAUGUGCUUUCAGACUUCUGAUAUUCUUAAUUUCUGCUAUUUCUUUGUAUUAUUACUGUGGUUGUAUAAUAGCAAGGUUUCAAAAACAAGUAAUUGCAGACUUAAGGAAAAUAUUAUAACCAAUUGGCCGUUCUGCGACAUAGUUAUCUGCUUCAACCAAUCACCAGCGGCCUAUCGGAUAAAUGUCAAUUUCUAAUGGAUCCUGCGGAUAAGCGGGUGAACUGUAAUACAGUUAAGCUAGACAUGUUUUUGACCUGGAAGGUGGACAACACAAUCGGCUCUCGAAGCAUUAAAGCAUAAAAGAGGCAGGGAAAGAGCUUCACAGAGGUGGCUGGUCAGCCUCAGCCAGAGCCCUGGCCUUCGCCUCGCACUACGCGCCCAGCUGGUGGGAAAAUUCAUACUCCUCACCUAAAGCUGAUGUCCCUGAAGUAACCACAUCACCGUGGUAAUUUAUGCUGAACACAUAACCUGGUUGUGUUCAGGGUUUAGAUUAAAAAUUGGCUGGAAGUGUCAUGUUUUUGCCGAUUCGUUUAUUUACUGUGUCCUGUAAGUGUGACAGAGAUUCUCUGCUGAAGGAAUACGUUUCACAUGUGUAACCUGUAGAGUUUAAAACCACUGAAACCCAGCAGCACAAACUGUGCAUUGAAUUGGCACACAUUCAUAUGCAGAUAGUGGUGCAGGAAAUGUAUAAAUCUUAAUCUGCUAUUUAUUUUUUUUCCCACUACUGAGACUUCAGCUAUUAGAACACAUAAAACUGAUCAUUUGUUUGCAGGCUAUUUCUGCUC